AUGAAGAUGAAUGAGUAGAAUAGUUUUUGCGAAGCCAUCCUUGGGUUAUAGUUUAUUGGAUAGAAUUUUGUUUUUGUGAGACCAUUAGAUAAAGGAGAGUUCGGACAAAUAUGGAUAGGCAGAGACAUCAAAAAUAAUGAGCUUGUAGCGAUAAAACAGAUGAGCUUAAAAAAAAGGAGCUAAUAUAGCUUACAAUUAAUUAGAAGAGAGUUAAAUAUUAUGAAGCAAUUAGAGCCAAAUGAAAAUGUAAUUAGGUUUAUUGAUUAAGUGCGCUAAGAUGAUAACUUAUAUAUUAUCAUGGAGCUCUGUUAAUAGAAUUUGCAUUAAAAAAUUUCUAACAUAAGAAAGAAGAAGGGUACUUCCGUUGCUCUUACAGAAUCCGAAGCAGUAGGCUACAUGAAAUAGAUUCUCAACGGCUUUAGAUCUCUUAGAAAAUAAAACAUUAUACAUCGUGAUAUUAAGUUAAAAAAUAUUUUAGUUAAAAAUAAUGUGCUGAAAAUUGCAGAUUUUGGUUUGGCCAUAAACAAAGAGUAUGCCUCAAGUUAAGUUGGUACUCCCUACACCAAAGCUCCUGAAGUAUAUGAUGGGGUUUCUCGGUAUUCUGAUAAGGCUGAUAUUUGGUCUUUAGGAAUUAUUUUUUAUUAAAUGCUUUUUGAUCUAAACUAUCCUUUCCCAGCAAAAGACGAAAGAGAGCUGCAGAAUAAAAUAAAGCAAGGAAAUAUAAGCUACAACAUUUAAAAUAUAAGAAUAAGCUAAUAAACUCAAGCCUUACUGAAUCACAUGCUUUAAGUAAAUCCUGAUUAUCGUAUAAGCUGGGAAGAGCUUUUUAACCAUCCAGUUUUUUAGCAACAAGAAAGAUUAGGAUUUAUGAUGAAUAUUCCAGAUGGAGGUAGAAAGAGAAAUGCAUCACUCAAUUGCUUUGAUAACACCUAAGCCUUUUCCUCCCCAUAAUCAGAAUGCAAUUAAUUAGGUAUUGCAGGAUUUAAAUCAAAUUAAAACCUUGAUGUUGUUCCAGUAAAUUUAAGAGAAGAAGAAAAUUAAGAUAAUCUCAGAUAAUCAACAUAAAAGUUUUAUAAAUAAAUGUCUAAUGGUUCAAACGGUAACUAUAGUAUAGGCUAGUCAUUCAAUUAGUAAUAACUCUUAAGCAUUGGUAGCAGAGUAGAAGAUGAAAAGGUGUUUUUAAAAUUUAAUGUAAAUAAUAACAGUAGCAAUCUAUGUAGUUCAAAAUCUAACAUAGAUCAAUAAUCAACUAUAUCUUCUGUGGACCAAAGAUUUUAGAAGUAAAGAAUUACAUUAAGCAUCGUCUAAGAAACUCUUAUAAACUGCUUUUUAUUAGUUAAUGUUGAUAAGUCUAUUUAUGAAAAUUAAGAACUUUUAAAAUUUUGUUCAGGAACUUAAUUUGAACUAAGCUUAUUUUUGAAGUAUAUUGAUGAAAAUUUAAUGGUAGAGGAAGAAUUAGUAAAUUUACAUUAAGACCUCUAUAAAGAAGCCAGAUUAAAUAUCGUACAAUACUUAUCAGAGCCAAGAAAACUCUAAGAAAUAGAUUCAUUUGAUCGAACUAAGUACCUAAAGUGUCUUCGUAAAUACUUUUUUUGCCUUUUAACAUAGGCUAAAUUCGUAAAUGAAAAUACAACCAAUUCUAGCAAUCCAGUUAAAAUAUUAGAACAUGCUUAUGAUAUUCUUAAAUGUGCUUUAGCUUCUAAUUAAUUUACUCUAUAAAAUUAAUAAAUGGUACCUACAAUACCUCCUAAAGACAAAGAUAAAUUUGAAAAAAUUCCUUCUAGUAAAUACGCUACAUUUUAUUAGAAUUUAACUGAAUUUUCACGUCGUGUUUUCUGA